GCGCAGUGAUAAAAUCUCAAAGUUCAUACAGAGACAAAAACCCAACACGGAAAUCAAGUCGAAUCAAGUCAGUUUUUCUCAGUUGCUUUGGAGCAGUUCUCGAAUCAUCCUGAAUGUUCACGAAGCAGUAAGUGCGUUUCUAAAAAAGUUCAUGCAAACAGCACACACAUCACAUUACUUGUAAAAACGUACUUUUCUUAAAAUCCUCAGUUCAUCACAAUGUUUGGUAUGAUGGUGAACGGUUUCAGUGUUUCCUGAUGUAAACUAUGCUUUGGGUUACAGUGAAUAAACAUCUCUGAAUCUCAGCAGCACAAAUGUACACAUGACGGUAUGUACAGUAUAUUGAUUGCAGGAAACCAGACAGAAUUCACGGCUGUUUUUCGGUCGAUUCUGCACGACGAAUCGGAGGCAGAGCUCGUCGGCGAGAAGCAGAACUCCGAUUGGCUAUUUAACUUAGCACAAGAAAAACAACGAAACUGAUGAAAGCAAAUAAUGACGGCGUAAAGAGGAAACACACAGACUCGUGUUAUCAUACUUCCUCUUGUCUGUGCAGCUUAGCAGACAUAACUGAAAAAAUCUACACAAAUCUGUGAGGAUUACGGCAGGUGGAAACACUGCUUACUUUAUUCAGUAGCUCUAACGGUUUCCCUGUUUAGAUGCAGAUUACUGCCACCUGCUGGUAUAGGAGAGUUCUGUUCUCUGAUGCAAACAAAACAUACACAUGCGCAGUUUGGUGUGUCAGAUGUCUAGUGUGUUGAUGGUGUUUGUGUGGAUAGUGUUUGUGUUGGAGAAGGUGUUUGUGUUGAAGGUGUAUGAGUUUGAUAAGGUGUUUGUGUUGGAGAAGGUGUUUGUGUUGAAGGUGUAUGAGUUUAAUAAGGUGUUGAUGGUGUUUGAGAAGGUGUUUGUGUUGGUGGUGUUUGAGAAGGUGUUUGUGUUGGUGGUGUUUGAGAAGGUGUUUGUGUUGGUGGUGUUUGAGAAGGUGUUUGUGUUGGUGGUGUUUGAGAAGGUGUUUGAGUUGGUGGUGUUUGAGAAGGUGUUUGAGUUGAUGGUGUUUGAGAAGGUGUUUGAGUUGAUGGUGUUUGUGUUGGUGGUGUUUGAGAAGGUGUUUGUGUUGGUGGUGUUUGAGAAGGUGUUUGAGUUGAUGGUGUUUGAGAAGGUGUUUGUGUUAGUGAUGUUUGUAUUGGUGGUGUUUGAGAAGGUGUUUGUGUUAGUGCUGUUUGAGAAGGUGUUUGUGUUAGUGGUGUUUGAGAAGGUGUUUGUAUUGGUGGUGUUUGAGGUGUUCGAGAAGGUGUUUGUGGUGCUGGUUUUUCACUCGAUUUCACAAAAUAAUCAUCUGACGAUGAAGCCAUGAAAAUGAAAGCGUAUGAUGAUGUACCUUGAGACAUAACAGCACCAGACAGACAGUAAUUCCUGCGGUUCUGUUCGGGAUCUGGUGAGAUCCAGCAGUUUGUGCU